UAUUAUCUCAGUUAGCGCCUCCUUCUGUUGUCGUGUUAGGCCGGAGCUGGCUGCUGCGCAGUCUCUCUCACAUGGCCAGAUAUGACAAGCGUUAGCCACCGCUCAUAAGGCUCCUAUCGUCAUCAAAAAGCAGGAGAGAACGGUGGUUUAAACUGCAACGGGCUCUCCUCCCCCCACCGCUUGCUCCCGCGCCUGCGCGCUCCUCGUCCCCCUAAUCUAGGAUUAUGGAGGCUUAUCUAAACUCGCUGUUUAUAAAGUAUGUUUUGGGUAGGAAAUUAGCUAGUCGUGGAUGGCACGACGGGAGUGACGCAUCGGUGGCGGCGGAGCAGGUCUCAGGCCGGAACUAAUUAGUUGUAGAGACGCGAGCGGCGCUAAAACACGCGGUAGGCCGGAGUGACGCGGCUUAGAGCUUAGCACGUGGUAGUGACUUUAAUCGGUGCCAGCCCGCGACCCCCAGCCCGCGACCAGUGUCUGCCACGCUCUCACAGUGUCAUGUCUCCCACUCGCGGUGUUCUCUAGCGACUCUCACUCGCGCUUAUAUGGUGCUCGCGUGACCGUCGGCCGCUCCCACACCCGUGCAGAUAGAAAGGUUUCGUUACUUGUAGCGGUGGACGGCGGGGGUCGACAGCGAUAAUAAGACGGCUGGCGAGUGUCGUCGGGGGCAGGAUCUCCUGCUGGUGCCCUCCCUCGACCUUCGACCUGGCUACAGCGAUGGACUUUCAAAGCGCCAUGGAGACGUUUGCAGAAGCGUGGAUGGCCGCCAACACCAAGUCUCGCCCCGACUCUUCCGACCAACAGAGAGAAGGCAGUGCGGAACGGACCAAUGGGCGAUCAGAAGACGUGCCACCUAGGGAACCAGCUGGCCACUUGACCAAUGGGGAUUCACCUAACAGACAAUCCCCCGUCCUAUUGGCCAGGGACCCAGAGGGCAGCCCCAAGCCUCUCUCCGUUG